AGGUUGCAAUCUAGAUUACAAAGGAUCCUCUAAAGAGUUCCUUCAAUCGUCAACAAGUCAAAAGUAUGGAUCAUUCUGCACUUGUGCUGGUUUCUGCGGUGCUCUAUCUGUGUAACUUGACUGCUUGUGCUCCACGGGGGCAUCAGCCAAACCUCAAGGACAUUAUUUCAGUGAUUGACAAAUACAAUGACACUACGAGCCAGUUUGUAGAAGAUGUGCAGGACUUGGCUGAUGCUGAUGGAUGUAAGGAUGAAUUCUUCUGCACGGUUCAUGGCGUUCUAAAAAACAGGGGUAACCUUAAACCUAAAAAAUCUGAGCAGGAGCAAAUAGUGAUAAGGAACCUCGCAGUAUUCAUUAAAACAUCAGAGAUGAAAUGUGAAAAUAAACCAAAGACAAAUGGAAAUAAGGUCCCCAUCACAACUCUGCUGGGAUUCCUCCAAGACUGCUGUAAGAGAAGACUCUCCUUCGGGAAACCAAAUGCUUGAGACACUUGUUUGUUGCUGCCUUCCUCCUAGAUACUCACAUUUAGUAAAUGUUUAGUUGUUGACAGAAAAAUGUUUUGACAGUUUAUUUAAAAUAUGGAAUAUUUAUAUAGUUAUUUAUUACUUAAAUUUUCAAUGUGCUAUUUGUGCAUCUUCUGAAGUGACACGAGUGUUGUGCAGUGACUAAAUGCCUAAUGCUUUGUGGGUCAUUUUUCAUUCGGAUCUCACUGAUUUGUUGUGGUAUGUCCCAAUCAUUGUGUUUAAAAAGCACUUUUAUGUUUAUAACUACUCGAUCUGUUGCUAACACGCAAUGCCUACAUAUUUAUUUACAUAUUUAUUUCCCC